AUGACGUCGAAGCCAUGUACCUUGCAACCGCUUAUGCUGCUCCCUCGCGAAUAUCUCCCUCUAUCAUGCCUCAACUUUAGCGCACCCCAUGGCGAAUUGCCUCCCAGCCAAUUUUACGAGUCACAUGUCAAGAUCCUUGACCUCGAAGACCGAGUCGCCGACAGACCGAGCCUCCUGAUUGCACGAAACGAUGCAUCUAAAGCCCUCUACGCGAUUGAACGCGCUGCCACCGCUGGAAAUGCGCUGUACGCGAUUUUCAAGCUCAGUUCACGGGCGGACCUAUUGGCGCUGGCCGAGAACGCAACUGUAACAGGAAAACACAUCGCGCACAUGCGGCAGGCAGAGGAGGCGCGGCAGACCCAGUUGCUCCAGGCACAACAUGAGCUGCCGACUACGACUCCCGGAAUACACAAAGGGCAUAAAGAGAAGAGGAUGGCGAUCGAGGCGCUGCAGUCAAUUGUGCGCAAGAGAGGCCGCUCGCAGUCCGUGUCGACCUUUGACGAAGCUACGAGGGCGGAGAAGAGGACCAGGUCCGAUGAUGACAAUGCCUCGCGGCCGCAGACGCCCAGCGUUCUGAACCCAAGCAUGAAUCCAGUCCAGAUGGUGGAGACGAAGCCGGAGCCUGCCGAGUGGAUUGGGACACACCUGGACGCAGUCGAAGCGAUCCCGCAGCCGGUUAGGGAGCUCAACGCCACGCAGACGGCCGGCGAGAUCAUGGAGAACGUCAGGACGCAAUACAUGGAAGCACUUUACAAGUCGAUGGGAUCUCUGGCGUAUUUUGCAAAGGGGCCGUUAUCUCGAGCGCGUGCCGCAUUCCAUCUCGACUGCGACGGUACCAUGAAUAUGAACGACCUCAUAGACUUUCUCAAGAGUCUGGUCAUGACUACGGUUCAAAUUGACAAGAAGUACCGUGAGACAGUACCUGAAAUAAUUUCCAAGAUGAAGACCCACGUCGACAGCUCUGAUGAAGGAGGCAAGUCCAAGAAAAGAAGAACCAAAAAGAUGAAACUGGGCAAAGACGGCAUGUACCCUGGCGAGGAUGACCACGUCCGCAAGUGGUGGGACUCGAGCAAACCGGAGCUUCAAAACGACGAUGCAACCAUUGCUCCGGCUCAGAUCAAGUCUCAUGUUUCCCUUCUCAGGACCCGUGAGACACAGCUGCAAAUGAUCCUUAUUCUUGAGAUCCUUGCCUUGGAACCGCUGCGAGCAGCUGACGGAGAGGGAGAGAGUCAGUUACCAGGCUUGCCGAUGGAGGAGGCUGAGAACGCUCCUGAGGCGCAGCCCAAGAAGCGCAGCAAGCAUAACUUCCCCGUGCUGGCCGAUGUUCACGCCGACCGCUUGUGCAUCUGGCAGUCGACAGCCUCUGAUGAGACGAGACUUCUUGAGGAUUCUCAGGUGUCUGUGGCUGCUGACGGCGCACCGGCUCAGAAGGCGUCCGCUGACCCGUUAAAGGACUUCUGCACCGAUAUCAUCAUGCCCUUCUUCGCGGCCCGACUGCCUGGUAUUUGUGACUCGAUCAAUCGCAAGCUUGGUGGCCCCAUCAUCAUAGCUCCACCAAAACCCAAGACAAAGCCCUCAUCCAGCAAGUCGGAUGCGAAGCCUGGUGCAGCUGCGAAGCGGCCAACUCUGAAGGCUGCGUCAAAGAAUAUCGAGAAGGCCUUGUUCAAAGAACAGUCUCGUCGUAGCGUUUCCAGGGGCCCUAGCAAUGCGAUUGCGUUAUUGAGAUCCGCAACCGCAGCCAAUCUUCCGGGGCUCAAGCGCGAGAAUAGCGACAUUGAUCGACGGCCCUCAGUCGAAAGGAUUGGCCUACUUUCUAGGAGUAACAGCUUGACCGCCUUGGAUGAUGCCAAGGCGCAAAAGAAGGCUAUGGUGGAGGCCGAGCUCAAGGAUGCCAUCACAGCUCUCAGAAAGCCCAACCGUGAGCUAGCGGGCAAGGCCAUAGUGGAAGACGCAGAGAAACGAACCUCGGGUGGUUUGUCUUCGAUUAAGAUUCAGGUGAAGGUUACACCAGCGAUUCACCGCUUCCGAGAUGCCUUGGCGGAAGCGAAAAAUGCUAGUAAUAUGUCGAUACCGAUGUCGAGCAUUCCCCCCUCUAGCGCGUCGAGAAUUCCCUCGACUGGGCCGCGAAGAGGUCAUAUCAAUGUUUUGGGCAGCACACCGUCUUCGGCUAUUCAGGCCACACCAGUCAAGCGUGGUGGCAUAUUUGCAGGACCUUCGCGUGAUGAUGAGUACGCCAUUCCGCCCUCAUCGCCGCUGAUGAUGAGGAAGCCUGCGAGGUCUCAACAUUUGAGCGUGCCCGCCAGUGUGAUUCGUGAGCGGCCUGAUCCAGUACGAUCGCAGUCGCCGGACGUUGGCCUGCCGGCGACGCCAUGCAAACAAAAAACCAGAGAUGUAAUAGGCGAUGAGGUGGCGGCGACUCCAAUGGCCAAUGCAGCGACGACUAUCCCGCCACCAUCGCCGCCGCCGCAAGAGAAGCCGAAGUCGAUAUACGAAAGACUAGGAUGGGAUGAUGAUUUUGACGACUUGUUAUGA